AUGCCAAGAUCACGACAACAAAUACGGAAGGGACUAAGAUACAGUAUUGAAAAGGAGAAAUGGCUUAUGCAGCGUUUCGGGCUGCAGUUCCGAGAAAGUCCGGAUGAUCCUGAUCCUAUUCCUCUGAUAAUUGACAACCUGAUUCGAGAGGCCAAUGAAUGGUGCACUAUGGAGAAGUACGAGUGGGCCCUGAUUGAGUAUGAAGAUGCCCUUUCGAUGCUCAAUCACCAUCCCAUCAAAGAACUUCCUAUCGAGGCUAUCUACUUGCUUAGAGCAAAAUGUAGCUUAAAAAUGAAAAAUUUCCAGAAAAUCAUACAAGACUGCACACUAGUACUCAACUCUGACAAAGACUGGAACCUACCCUUCACUCCGGAGUGUUGCCAACUUAAGGCUAUCGCCCAUCUGCAAUUGGGACAGAAGGACUUGGCUACCGCAACAACUGAGAGAAUUCCCAAGCACAGUCAGCUUCCAGAAGCAUUUCUGGAGUCAAUGAAGAGAGUCCAAGACGAAUGCAGAGAUGAGGGUUGA